CUGUCCCUGGGCGGGGGGGCCGGUCUCCCCCGCUGCGGGCGCUCGGGCCGUUCCCCGCCGGGGCGCCAGGGGGCGCUGCCGCAGCCGCCGGGAGGGCCAUGGCGCAGGGGGUCGACGCUGCCCCGCAGUUCGGCCGCCCGGCGCCGCCGCCGCAGGCGGGCUGGGAGCGGCUCCGCGAGCUUCUGCGGCGCGACGAGAGGCAGCGGUACCCGGAGGAGACCGUGAACAUCCUCAAGUCGGCCUUCACCGGGGGAAUAGUCGGCUGGAUGUACGGCGGGCUGCCCGCUUUCUACCAGGCGCGGAAGGCCUUCAUCGAGCGGAGCCACGGGGAGCUCUUCCACAACCGCGCCGACGCCGUGCAAUCUGCGCACCGAGCUGGUCUCAGGAGCUUCCUCCGCUAUGGCUGGCGCUGGAGCUGGAGAGUGGCGGCUUUUGUGACAAUAUUCAACACGGUGAGCACUGGUCUGUCUGUGUACCGCAAUAAAACCACCAUCAGUCAUUUUGCUUCGGCGGGAGCUUUCACAGGAGCCCUUUUCAGAAUGCACUUGGGCCUUCAGGGACUGGCAGGCGGCGUCGUGUUUGGAACAGUGUUUGGGAUCCCUGCAGGAGGCCUCCUAAUGAUGAUGCAGAAGCUUGCUGGUGAGACCUUGCAAGAGAAGAGAAAUCGUGAGCGCAGGGAGCUGUAUGAGCAGAAGUUAGCGGAGUGGCAAUCCAGGCUCAGUGUGACUGAAGUCUUAGGCCAAACAGAAAGCAACACUCAUGGAGGACCAGAGAUGGAGAGAGCAAGAGAAUCUAGGAGCUACUGAGUCUUCUCCAGAUCUCUGUUGUAAGCAGCUACCAAGUAUUUUGAUGCUGCUGGUAAAAAUCUUCAGUCAAGGGGUCAUGGAAGUCUUCCAUGCGCUUGUGAAAAAGUGUUUUGCUGAAAACAUUGUCCAUGGAUAUAUAUCACUGCACAAGAGCUUGGAAGGGCCAAACGUGGUUCACCUGAGAAGGUGGAAAUGCAGACUCUGCAGACUAGGAAGUAUCAUCUAGGUUUGGCAGGGCAGCCCCAGAGCCUUGUCUAGAACCCAUUUUGCUGCUGAAAAUGUCCAAACCACCACCGAUGUUGAAGUAUUCAAGGCAAAGGAGCCUGUGAGUAAUCUGGAUGCCAAAGGUACCUUGAUUCUGAAAGCUAAUUAUGCUCUGGUAAAAGCUGCUCUUCAGACAGUGCCUGAAGAACUUGCUGUCGAAGCACGAAAGAGGCAGCACCAGAGCGAGCAUUCUCCUCCUCUCGCCAUCCGCCUCCCACACCUUGGCUUGGCUUGGCUUGGCUUGGCUUGGCUUGGCCUUGCUGGGACCAACGCUGUUUUGCUGACGGUGGUUUCUUCAGGCUUUUAGCAGGAAAACACACUUGGUUCGUAGAGUACUUGGGGUAUUUUGCAAUGAAUGUUGGGGGAAGAUGGAAGAACUGGGAAUGAUGCAGAAAUACCCUGAAAAAUAACAUGGUUUGGGUUCCUCAAUAAGGUAUGGCUGAGGGGGCCACAGAAAGGAUGACUUAUUUUUGGUGAUGAUGGUGGAAGAAUUGGCACUGUGGAGAGUUUAAACAACAAUAAAAAGGCCUCUAACUUCAUGUGAAGGUUGGAAAUUAGGGGAUUACCUUUGGGGAAAUGUGGUUUGAGACACUCAAUAAAGCCAUCUAGCAGUGG